GAGACUUAGCUUUCUUUCUGGCUGUUUGCUGAAAUUCUUGGCUGUUAAAGUUUGGAGAGGGAGGGACAUGGGUAGUUUUCACUGGGUCGGAAUGGGGAGAGUGUGCAAGAGAUCGCUCCAGGACAGGUUCCUAGAGAUCGCUCAGGGACGGUCGUGACGGCCCCCGAGGGACAUGAGAGAAGAGGAGCGGCGCUCAGGUUAUUCCAGGAUCUUUGGAGACCCGAGGAAAGCCGUGCUGACCAAAAGCAAGACAAAUGACUCACAGAGAAAAAAGAUGGCAGAACCAAGGGCAAUUAAAGCCGUCAGGUUCUGAACAGCUGGUAGAUGGGCUGGCUUAUUGAAGGACAUGAUUCAGACUGUCCCGGACCCAGCAGCUCAUAUCAAGGAAGCCUUAUCAGUUGUGAGUGAGGACCAGUCGUUGUUUGAGUGUGCCUACGGAACGCCACACCUGGCUAAGACGGAGAUGACCGCGUCCUCCUCCAGCGACUAUGGACAGACUUCCAAGAUGAGCCCACGCGUCCCUCAGCAGGACUGGCUGUCUCAACCCCCAGCCAGGGUCACCAUCAAAAUGGAAUGUAACCCUAGCCAGGUGAAUGGCUCAAGGAACUCUCCUGAUGAAUGCAGCGUGGCCAAAGGCGGGAAGAUGGUGGGCAGCCCAGACACCGUCGGGAUGAACUAUGGCAGCUACAUGGAGGAGAAGCACAUGCCACCCCCAAACAUGACCACGAACGAACGCAGAGUUAUCGUGCCAGCAGAUCCUACGCUAUGGAGUACAGACCAUGUGCGGCAGUGGCUGGAGUGGGCGGUGAAAGAAUAUGGCCUUCCAGACGUCAACAUCUUGUUAUUCCAGAACAUCGACGGGAAGGAACUGUGCAAGAUGACCAAGGACGACUUCCAGAGGCUCACCCCCAGCUACAACGCCGACAUCCUUCUCUCACAUCUCCACUACCUCAGAGAGACUCCUCUUCCACAUUUGACUUCAGAUGAUGUUGAUAAAGCCUUACAAAACUCUCCACGGUUAAUGCAUGCUAGAAACACAGGGGGUGCAGCUUUUAUUUUCCCAAAUACUUCAGUAUAUCCUGAAGCUACGCAAAGAAUUACAACUAGGCCAGAUUUACCGUAUGAGCCUCCCAGGAGAUCAGCCUGGACCGGUCACGGCCACCCCACGCCCCAGUCGAAAGCUGCUCAACCAUCUCCUUCCACAGUGCCCAAAACUGAAGACCAGCGUCCUCAGUUAGAUCCUUAUCAGAUUCUUGGACCAACAAGUAGCCGCCUUGCAAAUCCAGACAGGACCCUCCACUUUUCCACCAGCUUUCCACCAGUGGAAAGAAGCCAGCCAAGAAUCAGCAGCUUCUGGCUACCUGGAUCAGAAGGUUGAUGAAGGCAAUGAAACAAAGAUGGAAAAACGCAUCACACAGGCCCUUACCAGAUGCCAGCAUCUUGAUAUUGGACUUCCUAGUCUUCAGAACAGUGAGCAUACAUUUCUUGUCUUUAUAAAUUACCCAACCUGUGUUUAUAGAAACACAAAAUGGAUAGAAAGUUGGUACUGAGAAUUGAGGCUGUUAUUGUAACAAAUAACCUGAAAAUGUGAAAGUAGCUUUGGAACUGGGUAAUCGAUAAAGGUUGAAAAAAUUUGGAAGAGUAGGCUAGAAAAAGCCUAGAUUUCUAUAAACAGAGUAGUAAGACAAUUCUGGAGAGGGCUCAGAAGAAGAGGAGAGCUGUAGGGAGAGUAUGAAACUUCUUACAGAUUACUUGAGUGGCCAUGGUCAGAAUGUUGAUAGAAAUGCUGACAGUAAAGGUCAUUCUGAUGAGGUCUCAGGUGGAAAAACAGGAUAUCUUUUUGGACACUGGAGUAAAGAGCAUCCUUGUUAUGAAAUGGCAAGCAACUUGGUCAAAUUGUGUCCAUGCCCGAGGGAUUUAUAGAAGGUGGAAUUUAAGAGUGUCUGACUAGAAUAUCUAGCAGAAGAAACUUCUAAGCAAAAUAUUGGAGGAGUUGUGCAGCUACUUUUAACUGCAUAUAGUAAGAUCCAAGAGGGAAAAAAUGACUUAAAGAUGAAAUUUAUAAUUUAAAACAAAAGCAGAACAGAAAAAUUUUUUAAAUAUUCAGCCUGACCAUUUAAAGAAUGAAAAUGUGUUCACAUGAGGAAACCAAGGGUGUGGCCAACAAACCGUUGGGUAAGGAGACCUGUACAGAUGGAAGGGGUCAUCAAGACAGUGGAAGGAUGACCCCAAAGGCAUUUCAGAGAUCUUCAAAGCUGCCCUCAAUCACAGAUCCAGAGCUCUCAGAGGACAGAAUGAUUUUGGGGGAUGGGCCUGGAUGCCCUGUAAGGGCUCCCUGUCCAGGACCACCUUGGAUCUCUGUUUUUACAUCCUGGUACAGCGAUUCUCUGCUGCUCCAGCUGUGGUUCAAGUGGCCCCAGUUGUGGCUCAAUCAACUGCUCCAAAAGGUACAAGCUGUAGACAUUGGCAGCAUCUACAUGGUGUUAAUUCUGCAGGCAUGUAGAAUGCAAGGGCUGUGGGGCACAGUGACCUCCACCUAGAUUUUAAAGGCUGUCACAGUCAACCUGGGGGCCCAGGCAAAGACUUGUCAUGGAGGCAGAGCCAUCACAGAGAGCUCUAUUUGGGCAAUGCUGAGUUGAAAUGUGGAUUUGGAUCUGCUACAGGGGCUGUGCAGUGCCUAGUGGAGCCAGGGUCACUUCUGAUACUCCAGAACUGUAGAGCUGCCAGCUUGAAAUAUUAACCUGGGAGAGCUGCUGGUGCCACACUCCAACCCAUGAGACCUGCUAGGUAGACUGAACUCAGCAAAACCAUAGGAGCAAGGAUGCCUGAGUUCCUGGGAGCCCAACUCCUGCCCCAGAGUGCCCAGGACAUGGAGUCAAAGCAGAUUAUUCUGGAGCUUCGGGUUGUUCUCUCUGUUGGGUUUUAGAUUUAUUAAUACCUGGGACCAGUUAUCUCUUUCUUCUUGCCUAUUCUGCCCUUUUGGAAUGGGAAUGUCUACUUUAUGUCUGUCCCAGCAUUUUAUUUUGGAAGCAUGUAACUUGUUAAUUUCCCAUGUUAUAGCUGGAGAGAAAUUUGCCUCAUGAUGAAUCACGCCUUGAGUCCCCCCUAUUUCUAAUUCAGAUGGGACUUUGGGCUUUGGACUUUUGAGUUGAUGCUGAAAUAAGACUUUUGGGGCAUCAAGAUAGAAUGAAUGCAUUUUGUAUGCCAGAAAAACAUUAGUUUGGGUGGCUGUGGUUGGAAUGCUGUGGUUUGAAUGUCCCCUCCUGCCUUACUCUGUUUUCUGUUGCUAAAAUUGAAUAACUGAGACUGGAUAAUUUAUAAAGAAAAUAAAUUCAUUUCUUACAGCUCUGAGGAAAUCCAAGGUCGAGUGGCCACAUCUGGUGAGGGCCUUCUUGCUGGUGGGGACUCUCUGGAGAAUCUCAAUAUGGCUCAAGACAUCACAUGGCAAGGGUGUGAAAAUGAGAGCCACGCUGGCUUUUAAACAGACUCAUUCCUGUGAUAGUCCAUUAAUCCAUGUAUGGAUUAAUAUUCUUAUGAAGGCAGAGCCCUCAUGACUCACUCACCUCUUAAAGGCCCCACCUAUUAAUACUGCUACAUUGAGACUUUUCAACAUACUUUUUGAAGGGGAAAAUUAAUCAAAACACAGCACUUCCAAAACUUGUGUUAAAAUUUAAUGGCCAUUGUGAUGGUAUUAAGAGGUGGGACCAUUAAGAAGUGAUUAAGCCAUGAAGAUUUCACCAUCAUGAAUAGAAUAGUGUCAUUAUUGCAGGAGUAGGUUUGUUAUCAUGAGAGUGGGCUUGUUAUAAAAGCAAGUUUGGCCAUCUCCCGCUCUCUUUUGCUCUCUUGGCCUCUGCCUGGGGAUGACACAGCAUGAAGGCCCUCACCAGAGGCCAGCACCUUGACACUGGACUUCCCAGACUUCAGAGCUGUGAGAAUAAAUUUAUAAAUAUAUUUUCUUUAUGAAUUACCUAGUCUAUGGUAGUCAUGCAACACAAAAUGGACUGAGAGGAAUUGAGGGCACAAUCUGGAAGGAAUGAAGGUGAACUUCAGCAGGAUGGAGAGCAAAGCACAGGACUGGGGAGCAGGAGUGUGGGGAGAGCCAGUGGAGAGAGUACAGGGAGAAGAAGGGGAAGGAGUAUGUGAAGGCAAGACUGGCCUUGGAAGGAAGUAGAGCUUGCAGGUUUUGAGCUUCUUCACAGGUGGAAGGAGGGGAAUGAGACACCUGGCACAGGCAGCUGACAGAAGUGCAGGCAGGCAGAUGAGAUGAACUGGGUCAGGACAAACUUUAAGCCUGUCCCAGGGUUGGAGCACAGUGCUGGAUCAAGGAAAUUCAUGGAUUCUAGUUCUGGGGGUUAUCAUAACAUACAUCAUCCUGGUCCCCAAGUGGCUCCAGUUUUGAAGUAUAUGAACCGUUGCAUCCUGCUUUGAAUGAAAUCCUCAAAAAGCCCCAGAUUUCUUCCAUAUACCUGUCUUACUGUACAUCCAGCUCCCUGUGACUAGGCUAGACCAUGGGCCAUUGAGGGUGACAUUGUGAUUGACAAUGACAACCUUUAGACCUGGAGAAGCAGGGUCUGAGUCACCAAGUCCUGGGCUCAGCCCAGGAAUUGGAAUUUGAUGAAGAUGCUGCUGGAUGCAAGGACCGUCUGACUGUAGGAACGAACUACCGUGAGUAUAGUGAGAAGGUCGGGACAUGCUAUUAGUGCAGAUCCACCAGCUAGAAGGCUGAACUAGCAGGAAACAGACCCAGAGGGUCCCACAGUCUUGCUUCUCAAAGUGUGAUCUGAGCACCAGCAGCACAGACAUACCCUAAAAGAUCUUAUAAAUGCAGUCUUAGUCCCAAGGCAGACUUUUUAAAUCAAAAAUUGAAUUUAAACAGGAUUGCUGGGUAAUUCAUCUGUAUCAUCAAAAGUUUUGAGGAGCUCUGUGUUGGAGAGCCUCUGUGAAGGUAGGCUGAGAGAACAAUGAAAUAAUCCUAGCUAACAGUCAAUUGUGAGCUAGAAAAUAUUAUACACUCUUUAUAAAGAUUUUAAGCUUUACAGCAAGGGUCCCCAACCACUCCCCCAUGCCAGGUCACAGGUGAGUACCAGUCCUGGACUCUUAGUAACUGGGCCACACAGGAGGAGCUGAGUGAUGGGUGAGCGAGGGAAGCUUUAUCUCUAUUUACAGUCACCCCCUACCCCCUUGCUCACAUUACUGCCUGAGCUCCACCUCCUGUCAAAUCAGUGGCAGCAUUAGAUUCUCAUAGCAAACUCUAGAACUGUACAUGCAAGGGAUCUAGUUUACAUGCUGCUAAUGAGAAUCUUAUGCCUUGUGAUCUGUCACUGUCUCCCAUC